CCGGACCGCAGCCAGCGAAUAACAACUAAAUGCUCUGCUUACCAGCUGUGUGCUGUACUUGCCUUCCCAAUCUCUGCGCUUCUCUCUUCCCUGAAGCUAACCUCGCCUCAAUCAACAAAGCUCUCAAGAUUUGAUACUUCCCUUUCCACAGGAAAUGCGACGACAGAGCGAUAGGAGAAGGGCGAAGCUCAAGAUCAUGCCGCUGUCUUCUUUCCUCUCCGUUCUUCUGUGUAUGGCACUCUCAAUCCCUAGCGCGGACUCGAAUCAGGAGAAGAGUUUGACUUCAAUCUACGAUGUCUUGACGGCGAAAGGACUUCCGAAGGGCUUGCUGCCUAAAGGGGUUACGAAUUUCAAAAUUGACGAGUCGUCGGGGGAUUUCGAGGUUCACUUGGAUCAGGCCUGCAAUGCCAAAUUUGAGAACGAGUUGCAUUACGACUGCAACGUCACCGGGAAGCUGAGCUACGGCCAAAUCGAAUCCCUCUCCGGAAUCUCGGCCAAGGAGCUCUUCCUCUGGUUUCAGGUGAAGUCAAUUAAGGUUGACGUUUCUGACUCGGGGAUUAUCUGUUUCGAUGUUGGGGUCGUUGUGAAGAAGUUUUCGGUUUCGCUGUUCGAGCUUCCCAAGGAUUGUGCUGUCUCGGCUGCUGAUGAGGCCAGGGAGGAAGUCCAGAGCGGGCGGUUCAUCGAAGAUGCAGUGACCGAGAGUCGGCGUGGUGAAGUAGUAAGCUUUGGAAGGGAUGUUCUGUAAAUGGGGUUCUCAUUUCACCAUGAAAGUUUAAUGGACGAAUUCUUUCUUCUUGUUUCCCUCCCCACAUUGGGAACGAACUACUGCUACUAGCUUCAGCGGAUGGGGUUUUUUUUUUAUAGUGGACGGGAUUCAGAUAACAUCUGAAAUGAGGGAUGAUUGUAGCAGAACACAAGAUAAAGUGGGGGCAGGAACUUUUGGAGGAGGUGAUCUCAGGUGAUAAAUAUGCCUACUCGUUAAGUUUUUUUUGUGUGUUCAAGUUUUCUGAUAGAUAUGGAUAUAGGUUCGGCAAGUUUGUUGUUUCCGAGUGCUUCUUUUGUGAUAGAAAUGAUGCGAGUUGCGUUUGUUUCAGGAAUAAAAAUUCUAUAAGUGAUUCGAUUGAUGGGAUUUCGUAUUAUACUUAUGAGAUCGAUGAGAUUGAUGUAUAAAGGUUAUUGUUGCCGCCAUGUUUCGUACUAGAUCUUUGAUCUCAAUCUCCAUAUGUAGUAUUGUAGUGUGGAUUUAUUCAGUUGCCGGUGAAUUAUCGGUAGUGCACAAUCCAUCUCUCUGUUGCUGGAAUUCAUCAGAGUUUGAGCAGCAAUGAUAUAUGAGUAAUCCCAGUGUUGUUGAUAUUACUAUUAGCCAACCGGGAAUUUUCUUGAGCACUCUUUUUUAAUUUGAUUAGAGAGGUUUGAUUUGGCAUCUUCAAAGCACCCCAAGUGGCCAUAGGCUCAGAUGGAAAUUGCUGUCUACCGUCUAAAGGCUGACUACAAGUUAUGCUGGAAUCAACGGUAAGAGAUGUCAAUCAUAUUUAUAAGUUGAUCUUCUUCAUCGGGCAAUGUUGCCGGACUAGUAGGUUUGAUCAGCUAGCCACCUUUGCAUUGUGCGGAAAGAGUACAGAUUACAAAAUCUCCCGAGCUUAUCUUUGACGGCCUCUUCCAUUUCACUGAGAGCCCUGUCUUUUGCUGUUUUUAUUCUUUUUCCUCCUAUUUUGUCUCUUGUUUGCUUUGACAGGGGCAAAUGGAGAGUUGCAGUUGAAAAUAUGGAGGAUCAAGGACAGGAGUUAAAGAGAAUACUACAACAAAGAAGUGAGUUUGGCAAAAUCAGAAUUGUCACUCAGUUCAAAUCUAGAUGCUGAACAAAGAAGAAAAGUGGCAGAUCUGUUUGGUAUGCGACAGGUGCUACAUCAUGAUGAAUACAAAGGGUUUCCUACUAUGGUCAUUGGCCUGUCAAAGAAAGCAGUCCCAGUGUCGAGGAAUAAAACCCUUUCCAAUGCAGCUAAGGAAGUAUUUAUCAAAGCAGUGGUGCAAGCACAAGGCUUUGUUAGUUUUCCUAAUUCUCCAGGGGAUGAUUCAUGAACUACAAAGCCUGAUAGUUGGCUUCUGGUUGGGAAGGAAAUGGGAAUAAAGAUGAACUCAUUGGCUAAGUUGGGAAGACAGGCAUGGAACUUGCUGGGAAGACCAAAUUCAUUGGUGGCAAGAGUAUUCAAGGCAAAAUAUUAUCUUGAUUGAAGCAUAGUAGAAGUAGAAGUGGGAAGUAAUCUAGCUAAAUAUGGAGAAGUUUGAUAACACCCAACAAUUGGCGAAGGAAAGAACAAGGUGGAGGAUAGAGUACAGGGGAACAGGUCAGAGUAUGGAGGGAUAAAUGGAUUCCAGAUUGUCGUAAUCACAAAGUUGAGACCCAUAUAAUAGAAUUGAGGAUGCAAGCUAAGGUAGUGAAAUUUAGGGGUGAAACUGGGCCAAACCCAGCCCUGACCCUGCCACUACCCAAAAAAACCCAGCCCUGCAUGCUUUAAUAUUUGGCCCGACUCAGCCCGACCCUAUUCUCAUUUGGCCCUGUAUGGCCCUGUUGGGUCGGGUCGGGCCAUAGGGUCGGCCCAACUUCUUUUUAUACAAUAUUAGCCCAUUUAAUUAUUUAAUAUCAAAUUAAAUUUUAAAAAAUUGC